CGCUCGAGAAAGGUCGCCGCUGUCGGCAGGUAGCGGCGCGGCCGCGGAGUGUGAUGAGAGCGCGCCGCCCGCCAUGGCCACGCUCGGCCUUUCCAAGGUGUUCAUCCUCGACAAGUACUUCACGGAGCUGCAAAAGUUUUGGGAAACGGAGAAGAAGCUGCAAGACGCAUCGUCAUCUAACGAGGCGGUGCACCUCCAGCGGCGGCUGCUGAGCCUCAGCUCGGAGCUGGUGACGCUCCGCAACCACUUGCACGUGGGCGCGGCUGCGGGCACCGGUGCUGGUGGAGCGGCGGGCGGCGGGCCCGCGGGAAAGGCUCCGGCGCCCCAGCCGGCGGUGCCACCCCGCGCGCCCCACUUGCAGCCGCCAGCUCACCACCCGCCCCCCGCGCACCCGCCACCGCCCGCUCACCAUCCACUGUCGCCGCCACCACCGCCGCCAGAAGCAAGAUGGCGGAACAACAGCACCACGACCGUGGCCGCGCCAGCAGCCCCCGCUGCAGCCAGCACGUCGGCGGGCGCCGCGCAGCUCGACGUCGACGAUCUCAUACACCUGCGCGGGCCCCUCACAGAGGACGCCGUCGUUAGAGCACUACAGGCCAGGUUCUACCACAAUAAGUUUUAUACAAUGAUCGGCCCGAUCCUCGUGGCAAUGAAUGCGUACACGGACACGUGCAACGCGCUCACGUUGUCGGAGGCACGUGCGCAGCGGCCCGAGCUGGCGCGGCUGGUGUUAGACGCCGUACGGCACCAGGCCGACACUGGCUACCCACAAGCCAUCAUACUAUCCGGCGUGUCGGGGUCCGGCAAGACGUAUGCGUCGAUGGUGCUGCUGCGGCGGCUGUUCGACGUGGCGGGCGGCGGGCCGGAGACCGACGCGUUCAAGCACCUGGCGGCCGCCUUCACCGUGCUGCGCUCCCUCGGCACGGCCGCCACCGCCGCCAACACACACUCCAGCCGCAUCGGUCAUUUCAUAGAGGUGCAAGUGACGGACGGUGCACUGUACCGCACAAAAAUCCACUGCUACUUCCUGGACCAGACGCGCGUGGUCCGGCCGCCGCCCGGAGAACGGAACUACCACAUCUUCUAUCAGAUGCUCGCUGGACUCACGCCGGAGGAGCGCACGCAGCUACACCUCGAUGGAUAUUCCGCCCAGGAAUUACGAUAUCUGGCGUCGCCCCACCACCGGCGGCCGGAGCCGGAGGACGCGGCGCGUUUCCACGCGUGGAAAACUUGCCUCGGCAUCCUCGGCAUACCGUUCCUGGACGUGGUGCGCGUGCUGGCCGCCGUGCUGCUGCUGGGCAACGUGCAGUUCGCGGAGAGCGCGGAGGGCGGCGCGGAGCCGGCCAGCGAGGCGGAGCUGGCGGCGGCGGCGGCGCUGCUGGGCGUGCCCGCGCCCGCGCUGGUGCGGGGGCUGGCCACGCGCUGCGGCCGCCGGGCGCCGCGCGGCCAGCCCCCCGCGGUCGCCACCGCGCCCGCCGCCGCCGCCGCGCGCGACGCGCUCGCCAAGGCGCUCUACUGCCGCACCGUCGCCACCAUCGUGCGCCGCGCCAACUCGCUCAAGCGGCUCGGCUCCACGCUGGGCACGCUCUCCUCCGACUCCAACGAGUCCGUGCACAACCAGGACGCGGCGUCGCGGCGCGCCUCGUCGGCGGGCGGCGCGGGGGGCGGGGGGCGGGCGGGCGCGCGCUCCAUGGCCGCGCUCAACGACGCCGUGCGCCACGCCACCGACGGGUUCGUGGGCAUCCUGGACAUGUUCGGGUUCGAGGACGCGGCGCCCUCGCGGCUGGAGCACCUGUGCGCGAACCUGUGCGCGGAGACGAUGCAGCACUUCUACAACACGCACGUGUUCAAGUCGUCGGCGGAGUCGUGCCGCGAGGAGGGCGUGGCGUGCGCGCUGGAGGUGGACUACGUGGACAACGUGCCCUGCAUCGACCUGGUGUCGUCGCUGCGCGGCGGGCUGCUGGCCGCGCUCGACGCCGAGUGCGCAGCCAAGGGCACGCCCGAACAGUACGUCGCCAGGAUCAAAACGGCUCACAGAGGUCACCCGCGGCUGGCGGAGGCGCGGCCGGCUCACCCGCGGCGGUUCGCCGUGCGUCACUACGCGGCCGACGUCGCCUACGACGCGGCGGACUUCCUCGAGGCCAACCGGGACGCCGUGCCGCACGAGCUGCUCGCAGCCUUCGACACGCGCACCUGCGAGUUCGGCUUCGCCACGCAUCUCUUCGGCGCUGAACUUAAAGUGGUGGCGGCGCAGGGCGGGGCGGCGGGGGCGCAGUUCCGCGCGUCCCCGACGGUGGCGGCGGCGCCGGAGUCCACGCUCACGCAGGACUUCCACACGCGCCUCGACAACCUGCUGAGGACGCUCGUGCACGCACGCCCGCACUUCGUGCGUUGCCUGCGUGCCAACGCCACAGAGACGCCCAUGCUCUUCGAGCGGACCACGGUCGCGAAACAGGUCCGGGCGCUCCAGAUUCUAGAGACAGCUCAAUUAAUGGCCAGCGGAUACCCGCAUCGCAUGCGGUUCCGCGCGUUCAGCAGCCGCUACCGCGCGCUGUGGCGACGAGGAACGAGCACUGGCGCGAGUACUGGCGCGAGUACUGGCGUGAGUGCUGGCGCGGAGCAGGAGGCGGGCGCGGGGUGUGCGGCGGUGCUGCGGGCGGUGGCGGCGGCGGCCGCGCCCCCCGCGCCCGCCUCCCCCGCCGCCGUGCGCUGGGCGCUCGGGAAACGACACGUCUUCCUCAGCGAGGGCAUGCGCCAGGUGCUGGAGCGCAUGCGGCGCGCACGACGCCAGGCUGCAGCGGAGUGCAUCCAGGCGGCGUGGCGGCGGCACCGAGGGCGGGCUCCCCUCGCAGCCCCCGCGCCCCCCGGCCCGCCCGCCCCUGUUCCCCCCGCCGCCGCCCGCCCCCGCCCCGCCCCCAUCGCGGGCACACCCCCGCCGGACCCCGCUGACAAGUGCGACCCGGGGCUCGUUAAGCGCACCUGCUCGCUCGUCGGUCUUGAUCUGGAGCGGCCGCCGCCGCUGCCUCCGCCGCGCGCGUACACUGUGGCCGGCGGCGUGAAGCUCGGCUACCCGCAGCAGCGCACCGUGGCCGCCGACUGGGCCGCCGACGCGCUGCGGCUGCGCGCCGGGGACACCGUGCUCGCACUCGGCGCCGCCCGCCGCGGACUCGUCGCUCUCCAAGUGUGUGGACGGCGUGUGUGCGUGCCACACAGCGUGCUGGGCCCCCCGCGCGCACUGGGGCCCCGCCCGCACCCGCCGCCGCCUCCGCCCGCGCCCUCCGCCGCCGCCGCGCCCGCUCCCGCCCCCGCUCUCGCUUAACACCGAAACCACACGCCACACGUCUCCGUCCACACGAUGCUAUACGUCAUAAUAAAAACUUGUAUCAUGACAAACUAUGAACUUUACAAGUUGUUAAAAAGAAAUAUCGAAAUUUAAUAAAAAAAAAAAUUAAACCAAGUGAUUAUAUUCCGCACGUUCUAGUACGGUGCGGAUGACAUUAGCUGUCAUUUUAGUAUGAUUUACUACAAAAUAGUAAUUAGUAGAUUUUAGUGAAACUAAUUCUCAUACCAAUACGACCAAUGUGUGUUGACAGUGAUUACUUACGGCACAGAGACGUGGUCGCUAACUAUGGGCCUCAUGAACAAGCUCAAAGUCACUCAGAGAGCAAUGGAGAGGGCUAAGCUCGGAGUUUCUCUGCGUAAAUCAGAAAUGAGGAGAUCCGCAUCAGAACCAGAGUGACCGACAUAGCCCGAAGAAUUGCGAAACUAAAGUGGCAAUGGGCAGGGCACAUAGCUCGUAGGACAGAUGGCCGUUGGGGCAGUAAAGUCUUUGAGUGGCGACCACGGACCGGAAGACGCAGCGUGGGAAGGCCUCCAGCAGGUGGACCGACGAUCUGGUCACGAUCGCCUUUGCCCAGCAGUGGACGUCAUCCAGGCUGAGAUGAUCAAUUCUCACACAUAGACUAAAGGUGGAAUUACAAUAAUCAGAUAAUAAAUCUUUAAAUACAUAUAAAAAUGAAUGAUUUAAUAAGGUUUAUAAUAAUAAGAAAAGUCUACAUCGGUGCCUACUGUACUGUAAAUAAUUAACUAUAAGUAUUUAUACGAUGUUCUCACGGCCAUAUAACAUGUAAAUUCGCCGUGAUGAACACACGAAGAGCGACCUCGAGGGGGCGCGCCCUUAUAGUAUUACUUAGCUAAAUAGAUAAGCUAAUUAUAUAACAUUAUUCAACAAACAAGUUGCAGUAUUACCAUUAUAAUUAUAGCAUG